AUGGAGGAAGGAGACAGUUUCCUAGCACUCUUGGCACCCAAGACGCCUCCACAGCACAUCCAGGAGAGCAGCGCUGCGUCCGGCUCAUUUGACGAGGGCUCGAUCAAUGAUCCGGCUCGCUUCAGGCUGCCAGCCAGCGCAUCUCCUCUGCGCAAACGCAUUGCAGCAUUUCUGCAGCACCGCUUGAAGCUACCUGAAGUUGUCCUUGUCAUCGUCUUCAGCAUCAAGCCCUGGGUGUGGGUGGCAUUCCUGGCAUGGAUGGCUGCAGCUCCCAUAGCUUCAUCAUACGAGGUGGGGGAGAUCUAUGUGUUGGUCACUUUGGUAACGGUGAUAUUCUGCAAUCUGGGCACGAGGAAGGCUGGGGAGGCCAGUGCUUACAGCAUUUUCAACAACUUCAGGGAGCUUCCGGGGCAGCUCAAUGCCAACAUGCUGGAUGAUCAAUUAAGAAGGGGACAAAUGUAG